UCUGUCAAAAGUGACAAAUCUCUUAUCUGGAAAGUAAUGUAAAACGGUGCUAUAAAACGCCAUUACAAAGCUGAAUCGGAUAGCAAUCAGUUGGUGUUUUAAUUCGUUUUUUUCGUUUUAAUUAUGUUUAUAAGUGCCAUAGAGGCAGUGAAUUCAGAUUCGAGUACGGACAGUAAUAGUGACCAAGCCAUGCCUGCUAUAUUGAGUAGUAAUUCAAGUAUGUUGAGUAGUAAGCGCCCCGCGUGCAGCGCCAGCGAGGCCGAUUGCUACAACAUGUCUCUGGGCGCCGGGCCUCUGUGGUGGUCCGAUGCCCCUGGGGAGACCAGGGGCCCGUCGCCGUUGCGACUAACUUUCCGCACUGCCCGUCAGCCUUGGGACGCGGUCUUACGGGGGCAGACGCUCUACAUCGCUCUGCCCCCGCACGUCCUGCCCGAGGGCUCCCGUGAGGCCUUCGUCGCGCUCCUAGAGGCCGCCGAAGAGCAGCUCAAAUGCCAGCAUGUAGUCGUCGUUUUUGAGAGCGACCGACCGGACCGGGCCAUGCUCGUCCGCACCUUCAUGUUCCUGGGAUUUGCUGUGCUCUCGCCUACUUCGCCACUGGUGCCGCCAUCGCUGUCCUCCGGCCACGUGUGCAUGCUCUACAAUAUCGAGUGAUCGACCCCCAGAAAAGCCUCGGGCCUCUCGAGUUUAUCCACUAAUAGUUAGGGUAGGGUAGGGCUAGGAAAAUCGUUAUGUUUUAAUUUAGAGAGACUUUAAGUGUAAUUACACAACGACUCGUAAAUUUUAACGUAGGUUUUUGAUUUAAGCAGUCAUUAGUGUAUUUUAGAUGUACACGUGGGUGGACACGAGAGGUAAAAGUUAAGAAAGUUACAAGUAGCUGUAUUGGUAGUGCGGAAUUAUGCCCCGAUUAAUUCAAAAAAAUUACAAAAAAAUACAUAAAAUUGUUCAAAAAUACCAAAAAAAAACUUAUAUUCUAUUAAGUUUACCGGCAUUAAGUUUCUUAUUUUAAGUGGAAUUGUUUGUGUAUAAGUAUUUGUAAGUCAUUUUAUGUACUUUCAUUCCUUCAGUUACAAUUUCAUUAUUAGUACGUAAUUAAUGUCUUAAAUAAAGUUUCUUUUACUUUAA